CAGGCCUGGGUCGCUAUGGGUUCCACAGCGGCCCCAGAGGGAGCUCUGGGCUACGUCCGAGAGUUCACCCGCCACUCCUCCGACGUGCUUAGCAAUCUGAAUGAGUUGCGCCUGCGCGGGAUCCUCACUGACGUCACGCUGCUGGUUGGCGGGCAACCCCUAAGAGCGCACAAGGCAGUUCUUAUUGCUUGCAGUGGCUUCUUCUAUUCAAUUUUCCGGGGCCGAGCGGGAGUCGGAGUGGAUGUACUCUCUCUGCCUGGGGGACCGGAAGCCAGAGGCUUCGCUCCUCUUCUGGACUUCAUGUAUACUUCAAGGCUUCGCCUUUCUCCAGCCACUGCACCAGCUGUCCUGGCAGCUGCCACCUAUUUGCAGAUGGAACACGUAGUUCAGGCAUGUCACCGUUUCAUCCAAGCCAGCUAUGAACCUCUAGGCAUCUCCCUGCGACCCAUGGAGGCAGAACCCCCAAGACCCCCAACAGUCCCUCCACCAGGCAGUCCCAGGCGCUCAGAAGGACACCCGGACCCACCUACUGAGUCUCGAAGCUGCAGUCAAGGUUCCCCAAGUCCAGCCAGCCCAGACCCUAAGGCCUGCAACUGGAAAAAAUACAAAUUUAUUGUGCUAAAUUCUCAGAGCUCACAAGCAGGAAGCCUGGCUGGGGAGAGUUCUGGUCAACCUUGCCCCCAAGCCAGGCUCCCUAGUGGAGAUGAAGCCUGCAGCAGCAGCAGCAGCAGCAGCAGCGAAGAAGGAGCCACUCCCGGUCUUCAGAGCAGACUAUCCCUAGCCACUACCACUGCACGAUUUAAAUGUGGAGCUCUAGCGAAUAACUCCUACCUCUUCACACCCCCGGCUCAAGAGACUUCUAAGCAGGCUCAUCCGCCACCAGGAAGUGAGUGUUUGAGCUGCCAGAACUGUGAGGCUGUGGCUGGGUGCUCAUCGGGUAUCGAGCCCUUAGCUCCAGGAGAUGAGGACAAGCCCUAUAAAUGCCAGCUGUGCCGAUCUGCCUUCCGUUAUAAGGGCAACUUGGCUAGUCACCGCACGGUGCACACAGGGGAAAAGCCCUACCGCUGCUCCGUCUGCGGAGCACGUUUUAACCGACCUGCUAACCUAAAAACACACAGCCGCAUCCAUUCUGGAGAGAAACCGUACAAGUGUGAGACCUGUGGCUCGCGUUUUGUUCAGGUAGCACACCUACGCGCACACGUGCUCAUCCACACUGGAGAGAAGCCCUAUCCGUGUCCCACCUGCGGAACCCGCUUCCGCCAUCUACAGACCCUCAAAAGCCACGUUCGCAUCCACACCGGGGAGAAGCCAUACCACUGUGACCCCUGCGGCCUGCAUUUUCGGCACAAGAGUCAACUACGGCUGCAUCUGCGUCAGAAACACGGUGCUGCUACCAACACUAAAGUGCGCUACCACAUCCUGGGGGGACCUUAGCUGAGUCCCCACCAUCUAAACUCCAUUCGCUCCCUAGGGGCUGUGAAAGCUACAGGCCCAGGCUUGGUUUCCUUGAUGGUCUUGAUAUAGAGUGUGCUGGGCCACCCUGGUAUCAGAAACUGCUGACACCUUAAUCUUGUACUGAGGGAGAGCGGGGGUGGCAGAUCCUGGCUAGAUCUGCCUCUGUUUUGCUGGUCAAAACCUCUUCCUCACAAUCCAGAUUGGGUAGCUAGUGGCUGGGGGAGAAAGGAGAGACAGACACAAGGGACUUGCUCUCUUUAUAGGAACUUCCCCCUCCAUUUCAAAUGGUUUGUCUGUAAAUAUAAUUUAUUGAGGCCUGUGGUUGGUUCCAGGGCCUUUAUUCUGUUUGCAUUUCUGACUUUCUUCUUCUGUGUGAUCAAAAGAGACUGGAAACACAGAAGGCGAGGGCACCACUCUGCUGGCAGAGAUACUGAGUGCCUGGCUCUCUCUUUUGACUUGAGCAUCAUGCAGUGGCUCUUUGGUUUGGUUUUUUUCCUUUUGUAGCUUUUCUCUCUGGACUCGUUCCUUCUUUUCCUCUCUUUGUUUGCCUGUCAGUUUAUCCCUCCAGUUCUAGAACUGGAACCUUUAGUUUUCCUGGGCCAGGCCCUGAGAACAUGUGAGGUUGGGUAAGGAGUCCUCUGGUAUUUUGUGGUGCAAGUCCUGUGGCAGGCCAUACAUGGCAAGAGAACUCUCAGCUCUUUGAGGACGACGGGAACCUUGUUUUGAUGAACUCUGAAUGUAGAUAAUAAAUUCCUCCUUCUGAACGCUGGGAAGGUGGGGGGCUGGAGUCCUCCUGCAAGAAAGCCCAGCAUUAACGAUUCCAUUGAUCUAUUUGCCUGGGUUCAAAUGUACUAUGCUCAUCUAUCAGACCAAGCCUGCCUAAGGGUUUGCACUCACCCCACAAUCCUCUGACCAGGGCUGACUUAGUAUCUCAUGGGGAGAGACCUAUAGGACCUUUUCUUAUCUCUUAUCUGUCUGGUUUCUGAGACUGCUCUGAUGUAGAGAGAAUUAAUACCAUUCCUUGACGAUGAGUCUGAGGAAUCCUUUACUGCACGGACAGCUGGGGUUGAUUAUGUCCCCUGGGACUCAAUAUGCCCUUCUUCUUUGAAUGUUUUUUUUUUUCUUGUUGUUGUUUUGUGUUGGGACAGCUUCUGGCAAGUGUCCUCUUUCAUGGGUGCUUGGUAGCUUUCUUACCUUAGAAAAUCUGGGUCUGAGACUCAGACUGCCCAUCAUUACAUUCCUGUCUGGGACCGGUGAAUGUACUAGGACUUUACAUGGGAAGGAAAGGGGGGGCUGUUUUCUACGCUGCAUUUGUUGUCAUUGGGAAUGAUUGAGGGAAUUACAUACUUCAAACCCUUCAAAACCUGGCUGAUGGAUUGGCCAAAGGCUCCUUCCACUUGAACAAGUUACCAGAAGUGUUACAAGGUUGGUUGAGGGCUGCAGUUUCUGGUGGGGAACAUGUAGAUAAAGAUGUUAGGGACGGAGUGCCAUGGUUAGAUGGAGUGUCUGGGAUGUUAGAUAGUAUUUGGGAGCCUUGAUUUACAGUUCUGCUCUCGUUGCCUUGGGACCUAUCUGAUUAUAGUACUUGGGUAAACGGUAAAAGGACUUGAAUUUGUAGGGCAGAGACUCCUGAAUUAAGGCAGUUCUUGUGGCCAGCAGCUGGGGACAGGUGAGAAAGCCAUCCAUUCUUCCAGUUCCCAUUUAACUCUCCUACCACCUGAAUGAAUGCAGACUUGUGUGUGGGUUGGGGCAACGACAGGGGAGAGAUUGAGAAGGUGAUGAUUUCUUUUUAGCAGACUGGACAGGCACAUGGGAAGUGCCGGGGUGAGAGGUUAGAUUCUGCAAGAUCAGAUCCUUGGAAUAAAGAAGCCCUACUUUGUGCC